AGGGUCGGACGUUUUAUAGAUAAAUCCGCGGUCACACUGGCAAAAACAAGAAAACGCAAAAGAAAAGUUUCUACUGUUUUUGUGUAAUUUGGCAAUUAAGAAUAAUUAAAUCAAUACCAUUUUGGUCGCCUUGCCCUUGCCCAUCACACCAGUGCGUGUAUGUGCACAGUGCUGUACUGCAGUUUGAAUUCGAAGAUAUCUGGUUGAAAAAUCUGCUUGCCCGAAAACAACAAUACACAUACACAGGCGCACAGGUACACAGGAAUACGCAGCCCCCCGCCAGCACUUCGUAACGUAACCGCCCUACAUUCCAUCCGCUCCCUAAGGUGAACUAAAACGGUCCCAAUAUGACGGCAGCCCCGUACAACUAUAACUACAUCUUCAAAUAUAUCAUCAUCGGGGACAUGGGCGUGGGAAAGUCCUGCCUGCUGCAUCAGUUUACCGAAAAAAAAUUUAUGGCCAAUUGCCCGCACACAAUUGGCGUGGAGUUUGGCACGCGCAUCAUCGAGGUAGACGACAAAAAAAUCAAGCUACAGAUCUGGGACACAGCGGGCCAGGAGCGAUUCCGGGCAGUUACACGCUCCUACUACAGAGGAGCCGCCGGCGCCCUAAUGGUUUAUGAUAUAACGAGACGCUCCACGUACAAUCACUUGAGCAGCUGGCUCACCGACACGCGCAAUCUCACAAACCCCAGCACUGUAAUAUUUCUUAUUGGUAACAAGUCCGACCUGGAGAGCACUCGUGAAGUGACCUACGAGGAGGCCAAGGAGUUUGCCGACGAGAAUGGCCUCAUGUUUCUCGAAGCAAGUGCAAUGACUGGACAAAAUGUUGAGGAAGCUUUUCUCGAAACCGCACGCAAGAUCUAUCAGAACAUCCAGGAGGGACGGCUCGAUCUAAAUGCGUCCGAGUCAGGGGUGCAGCACCGACCCUCGCAGCCAACACGAACCUCCCUAAGUAGCGAGGCCGCGAAUGUCAAGGAUCAGUGCUCAUGCUAAAUGGAUAAACCUUAACUUUACACACUCCUAGUUAUAAAAAUCUAUCUUAAUUUUUAGCCCAACUCGUAAUCAUAAUGAUUUCUGAUAUAUCGAAAGCAAGCAAGAAACCAAUGUAUCUAUCUAGUUGAAUGAUUCGAUUAGUCGUGGACGUGUGAACAGAACAACUAAACCAAAAUAUAAAAGCCCCCCCUCCCCAUAAAUAAGCAAAAAUUCAACAUUUGUAUUAUGGAGAAAGCAUAUUUAUUAGAAAAUUGAUACAAUUGUUGGUUAGCGCGAGUAUUUCCCACGGAUCGUUAAAGGAACCAAAGUUUUGACUAUGAAAUUUCGAAAGGUUUAUCGCUCUAUACCAUACACUUAAGAAUUUGGUACACACACACCUUAGGUACUUUCGUUCUAUAAACCUUGUGUUUUGUUGGCUCUAUCUCUGUAUAUAUAUGAAUUUUGUAUCUCCUUUAUAAACACUUUUUUGUUGAGUAUUUGUUGUAGACGCGUGCGAAGUAAUAAGUAAACGAACAAUGUUAUAUGAA